GGCCGGAGUAAACUCUAUAGGAGUUGAAAAAACUAUAUAUAGUCCCUUUCUAAACAUAAUUUGCAACCAAGAUUGCAAUGGCUAGUGUUGCCGGUUCUCCGUGUGGCGCAUGCAAGUUCCUCCGCCGAAGGUGCGUCCCCGAGUGCGUGUUCGCACCAUACUUCUGCUCCGACCACGGCCCGACCAUUUUCGCCGUCGUUCACAAGGUUUUCGGCGCAAGCAACUUCUCGAAGUUGUUGUUGCAGCUUCCGGUCCACCAGCGGUUCGCCGCCGUCUUUUCCAUCGCUUACGAAGCUCAAGCAAGAAUGGAAGACCCCAUCUAUGGCUGCGUCUCCUACAUCAUUGCUCUGCAACAACAGGUCUUGAACCUGCGAGCGGAAGUGAUGGAAGCGAGAGCUCUGCAUGCCCAGUACUUGCUGAAUUCAAUGAACGCCAGAACUCCGAUGCUGGGAGGGCCGCCGGCGCCGUUUCCAGCCAUUGAUCAGAACGCAACAACACCCCAGUAUUCCGUUGAUCAUUUCAAUGAUGGAGGGUUUUGGCCACCGGAAAUGUAUACCGGAGAGGAAGCGGUUCCGUUUUCGGCUGAAGGGAGUAGCAUGCAGAGAGAUUCGCCAUGGCACGUGGGUGAACUCCAAGCUUUAGCAUUGAAAAUGACCAAAACUGAGCCUAGCUAGGUUCUAGGCUGGCCUGUUCCGAACCUGAUUGUUUGAGUCUUGUAUUUUAAUA